AUCUUUGCUCGUUAUUUUCAGUGUUAUUAUUUGUGAGCUAAAACUUUUAACUGAAAUAACUUUUUUGAACCACAUUUUGGUUAGGUUCUACUUCUGUUGCAUGCUUAUAAGACGACACGCCCUACAAAUAUCAAUGGAGGCGAUCAAGUGUGUUGUGGUUGGAGAUGGAGCUGUUGGUAAAACCUGUUUGCUGAUCCGCUGUAUAACCAAUGCUUUCCCUGGAGUAAAUGUUCCCACUGUGUUUGAAAACUACUCCGUUAAAGUCGUGGUAGAUGGCCGAAUGAUGAACCUAGGAUUGUACGAUACAGCAGGGAUGGACGAUUAUGACAGACUCCGGCUUCUCUCGUACCCACAGACGGAUGUUUUUCUCAUCUGCUACUCACUGGUUUGUCACAGCUCUCUUGAAAAUAUUUGGUGGAAGUGGUUUCCUGAAAUUUCCCAUCAUGCCCCGGGAACUGCGAUUGUUUUAGUGGGGACCAAGUGUGAUUUACGAGAAGACCCGGAAACCGUGAAAGUUUUGGCCAAAAGAAACAUUUCUCCUGUCACGACCAAACAAGGUUUACAAAUGGCAAAAAAAAUUAACGCAGUUCAGUUUUUGGAAUGCUCUGCUUUGACACAAAAGGGCGUUAAGGCUGUGUUUGACGAAGCCAUUUGUGCAGCUUUAUCUUCAACAAAACAGGCAGCAAAGACGUCUUGCCAACUUUAUUAAAAAUAAUUUUCAGAGCAUGGUUUAUGCAUUUAAUUUAUCGAGCAUUAAUUCAUUUUACUGUGACAAGUGCGUAGCAAGAUCUCGCUUAUAAAUAUAAAAAUAGACUGUAGGCUAUAUUUUAUUUAUAUAAGGUAAUAAAAAGGUAUGAAAAUAAAUUUUUGCAUUGUCGCUAUCUGGUUUCGCACGUUGCAUAUUGUUGAAUAUAGAAUUUAGGUGCUAAUGGCAUCCAUCUUACCUGUAUUAUUAUUAUAGCCACAUAUAUAGGUAUAGCUAUAUAAUACCGCUUACUGAUAAUUUCUCAUGGUUUUAUAUUUUCAUUGUUGUACAGAUUUGACGUCGGCGGAAACGACGAUUGUGAUGUAGCAGUACAUAUAGUAUGUGUUGCUGUUAUUUCUCAACUAUAUUGUUAUAGCCUAUCUAUAUGUAUGCGCUUAAACAGCUCACUAUUGCGUAUUUAAAAUAGAUGAAUAUGUUGUUAGCGUUUUUUACUCAGGAGUAAAUGUAUAGUUUCUAUAUGAGCAGUAAUAACUGUAGAAUAUAUUUCGUGUGAUGUAUUUUCAUGUGGUUGUGCAUUAGGUAACAAAAAAGAGUCAAUUUCAGGGCAUUUUUUGAAAUACAGAUUGCGGGUGAUACACCUAAAA